ACACGCGACCGGUUGGACAGUUGAAUGGAGAGAUGAGCGCCUCGCUGAUCAGCGCACUGAGUCUCCUCACCAGACCUGCUCGAGAGGCCCAAUUGAGUGGUGCACAUACAACACAACAUGAAGCACUUCUAUCUGCCCUCCAGAAGAAUCAGAGUGAACUCAGGGAGCGCCUGUUGGCUGGAGGAGAGCUGGAUGAAGCCCGUCAGUUACUGGAAGAGGUCAGAAAGGUGUCCUGGUUCUGCACUGACACUGAGGACCUAACCUGGAGCUUUGUGCAGGAAUGCCUCCUGCUGCUGCUCUGCUUGUCACGUCACCUGACCACUCUCCUGGAUGCCUUUAACCAUGACCCAAACCGUGCCGCUCCAAACCCCCGAACCCCAGAGGCCGCUCCUCCCUUACCUCCAGACGUGCUCAGUGUGGCACAGCAGAAGACGCUGGGCACUGUUCUGCAGUUCCUUGUCACCCUAGGCCUUUGCCCAUAUUUGGCACCAGGUGUAGGGGUGGCCCUGGAUCGCCGGUCUGCGUUUGGAGCUGCUGUAGAAGCAGCAGUGUGUCGUGAGGUGGCCCCUUCCUGUGAGCGCCGGCUACUGAUCACCACGACUGUUCUAAUGGAAGUGGCUAAGCUGUCAUCGCUGGCUACUCUGGUCUUUACUCGCCACUUGGGUGAUCUAAUGGCGGCGCUGUGCCAGUUAGGCUAUCGACCCCAUCGUCCUGAAGGAGACAGUGCUGAAAACUGCAAGGGACUCACUGUAGAGGAGAGACGGAAUUGCAAACAGCAACUUCAAGGUCUUCUGGGAAGAGUUUAUCAGCCAAUAGUCAUCAAGGAGCUGUUGGUUUUGCAAGGGGGACCCAAGGUGUCUCCAGGCUCAAGUGCUGGCGGCAAGACCCUCGCUCAAGCUCCUGCCUGGCUGAGACGUCUGUGUGGCCAACUGCUGUCUGAGAGGCUAAUUCAGCCGAAUGGGGUUCAAGCUGUGGUCAGGGUUAUUCUGGAAGGAUCUGGAGGUGGAGACUCUGACUGGAGAAAAUGUGAUGCUGUAGCCAAGAUAGUGGCAACCUGCCCACAGCAGUCCCUCUCUGCAGAGAGUUAUUACAGCCAAGUGUGCCCACAGGUACUAGGGCUUCUGCAUUUUAAGGAUAAGGUAACAGCGCAACAGUUCCAGCGAGUGGCCACCACAGUGGCACUCACAGUGGUGCAAGAUCAGCCUGAGUUUGCCCAGCGAUUCCUGCUGUCGCCUCUUCUAUCACCCCUACAAUGCUGUGCGGCAGUUCCAGGAGAGGAUGUGUCUCAGGAUGCAGUGCCUGAGUGGGAGCUGACCCGCAGUGUGGAGGAUGUGUAUAAAAUCUGUGUGGUUGGUAACAGGCCGUCAGGGAUGCUGCUGGGUGCUCUGGCAAAUGUGGUUCCCACCAUUUUCAGCCUGUUCUGCUUCACCAAACAAAAUGUCUCGCACCUGCGUGCUCCCUGUCAGGAGAUUCUGCUGUGGUAUCUGUCUCAUGCUGAGCCCUCUUCAGCACUCGCUCUGCUCAAACGCCUGUGUGUUCUGCAGGCAGAUGGAGGUGGAGUCGCACCUGGCUUUGAGUUCUCACCUGGCAGUGAGGGCGGGGCAAGGCUCAUCCGAAAGGAGCCAGUCAGAGAUGAGGAUGAUGCUCUGUAUGAGAAGGUUUCUGGAGAACAGUGGAGAGUGGAGUGUCUUGUGCAGCUGCUGUCAGAGAUGAAGGACAGUGACCUGCCUGGAGACUUAUUUCUCUUGCUUCUUCAGGAUUUGACUGGUUUGGCAGCAGAGCAGCAGGACACAGAGAAGGAAGUAGACACAUCAUCCAUGACCCUGCUUAAACUAGAGCAGCACCUGGUGGGGUGUGUACAUGGCCAAGGACAAAGGCUGGCUCUCCUUCAGACCCUAGCUGUGAUGUGUGAGGGAUUGCCACAUACGCUGCUGCUACACAAACCUACACAGGUCGUGGCCUUUAUAGAGUCAAUGCUGCAGAGAGCAUGUGUAGGUGCAGAGCUUGGUUCCGAGAAUGCAGUUGAGAGUCAAACUCUCAGUAUGGGAAUGGGCCUGAUUGCCACUUUACUCUCUGGAGCUGCACAGCUGUCUGCAGAAGACUACUCCUCCAUGUCCAGUCUUCUGGCUCCUCUGGAGCAGCUUUCCCAGCAGCACCCUGAUCCGGUCAUCCAGGGGCUAGCUUCAGACCUGCGGGCCACCAUCGCUACACAUGGAGCUUACUGCCCGGGUUCUGUGAUUAAUGCUGCUGGACAGUACGGCCCUGGUGCCUCCACUCAAACACUAAACCUGGACAAGCAUCAAAACACAAGUUCCAGAACUUCUUCCACACAUGUUCCACACACAUCUCACACUGGUCAGCCAUCCCCCAAGUCCCCAUCUACAUCAAGAUCUGCUGCCUCUGGAUCAUCAUCAUCACGGCAGACAGCAGUCCACAGUACAGCUGUGUCAUGUGAUAAAAUGGAGCAGCAAGCACAAGGUUCUGCACCCGGCCCUCAGCACAGAGCUGGAGGAACAAGCAGACCUGUAGCUGGAGGCAUCAACACACAGAGACCUGCGUACACCAGUCCUGCUCCCACUCCCAAAAAACCCGUCUCUGAGUGGCUGCUGGAGGCAUGUGACCCAGACGUGCCCAGCAGGGCCAUGGCGCUGCGGGCCCUCACCCACAUUCUGAAAGAAGGAGACAAGGAGGCACUAGAGUCCCGGGAGAAGCUGUUAUCGCUUUUUUUGGAGAACUUGGAGCAUGAGGACUCGUUCGUGUAUCUUUCUGCUAUCCAAGGACUGGUGGCACUGGCAGACUCGUUCCCUGAGCAGAUCCUGCAGAGGCUGUUGGCUGAGUACCAGACAGGAGACAGUGCGACUUCUCCCAACAGGGGGCGAUCUCUAGAGACACGCCUUAAAGUGGGAGAGGCACUGAUGAGAGCCAGCAGGGCUAUGGGUGACCUGGCUCCACAUUAUGGCCGUCCACUGAUUGGUGUAUUCCUGUGUGGGACGCGGGACGAGGACAGCAGCGUACGUGCCAGCUGCCUCUCCAACCUGGGCGAGCUGUGCCAGCGCCUUCAGUUCUCCCUGGGUCCUUUGGCACAAGAGUUAAGCACAUGUCUCACAGCCCUGAUAAAGACUGAAAGAGAGGCAGAGGUGCGAAGAGCUGCAGUUCACGUCAUUACUGUUUUACUGAGGGGCCUAAGUGAUAAAACCACUCAGGUCCUGGGAGAUGUUCUGCUGGAACUCUAUCAGGCUUUGAAGUGGGUGGUGCGCUCCGACGCUGAUGAGGUGGCGGUGCUCCAUGCUCAGCUGGCCCUGGAGGAGCUGGAUGAUGUCAUGAGGAAGUUCAUCUUCCCCCAGCAGAAACUGGAAAAGAAGAUUGUGGUUCUACCAUGAGUCUUGACAAAUAACCUCAUUCUCAUUAACAGUUACAUAACAGUUCUCAUAAACGUGAACCCACUUUUCUGUAAAGAGAAGACCCUGAAGAACAUUUUGCUCAAAAUUGUCACCACAGGAAAAAAGGAAAGUAUUUUCAAAGGCAAGACAUCUCUAUUAUGUUCAGACUAAGGUUGUGUUCAGACUAACGGCACAAAAGCAAUAUCUAAGUUGUAUCCGGAUUCAUUUUUGAUAGUCUCCACAACCAAAAACCACAUGAUUUUUUUUUUCUCAUCUUAACCAUAUUUGGAUGUGGUUACUGCCAUUUCAGUCAGAUUUUAACAGAUUGUGCCGCUUAAAUAUUGUGACACAUGUCAUGAGACAAAUGAGUUUAAGUAGAAUUUUAGAAAAACUGUCAGAGUGUAAAAUACACACAUAUACCACAUUUAUCAAAUCUGAUUAAAAGAAAAGUUUCCUUUGUAUCCAAUCAGAACAGUGGGAUCCAAUGACAAAGUACAAUACUGCUAUCUAGUGUGUGGGAUUUACACACUAGAUACACACAAUGAACCACAAUCUGACACCAAUCUUUACACGAAACCUGAUAAAACUGAUACUGUGGUUUUGAAAAUAAAUACUAAUUUUCAAGACCUCAUCAAAUCCAGAGUGACCGAAUUGUGAGGUUCAAGAAAACAACAGUGUGGACAAAAAUCUCAACAGAUCUGAUUUGAAAACAAAUCCAGUUGCCUGCAAUCUGAAUGUAGCCAUAGACUGUCCAGUAAAAGCAGAGAUAAGGAAUGUUGCUUUUGUGUGCAUCCUUCAGUUUUGGCUGAUGUUCUCAAGGCUUGAGAGAUGUAUUCUUUUAAAAAAAACAUCAUUCAUUCCAAACCAGGAGUUCUCAUCAAGACCUGAGAAACCAACAAUUAGCUAUUUAUCUGAGGACACACAGGACACAGCGCAGGCUGAGCAAAGCAAAGUGCGGCAAUUGCAAUAUUUGUCUCCCUCUGCACACACCGCAAGUCAGCAUUCUACUCAGCGGCAGUAAAAUAGUGCCUGUUUGCCUUUUUCCCUCCUCACUGUUUGUGCUACAUAUAGAAAAAGCAGGGUUAUGAUAUUGCUGAAAACAUUGUAAGACAAGGCAGGGCAAUUUGUUACUCCUUGUAGAGGAGUCCUACUCCUUCUGCAUGGUGCUGGAACUUUCCAUGGCUGCACUUCACAUGUCUGUUUACUGUCUUUCCUAAUCUGAUAGAAGAUGGAAAGAUGGAAAAAUGCUUGGUUUUGAACUUUUAUAUAGGAACAUCGGGUCUGGAUUUGUUUCAUGAAUUGAAUUGUGAUGAGUGGGUUUCAUGCAGUGAGAGUGUGUAGAAGUUUAAUUAAAAUAAAUAUACAUUUUUCAGA